GGCGUUCGCUGCAAUCUGCGAUCGUUUAAUCGUCCUGAGAAGCUAGGGAAACGAAAGCUAACACGUGUAAAUAGCAAUUUGUUGUGUUUUGCUUUUACUUCACGGUGGUUAAGUGCCUUUUUAACGGUGCCUUGUCAACGACGACUUCAUGUAAUUCUCUGAAGGUGACAGUAAGCCCUCAGAUAACUGUUGAGCUAAUUUAUCUGCCUUAUUAUGGCGGACAACGGAGACGAUGAUUCAGAGUACAGGAUUAAAGACGGCGACCACGUUGUGUUGAAACGAGGAGAUAUCUUCAAAGCUGUGCAAAUUCAACUAAAGAAGAAGGUGAUUUUUGAGAAGCAGUGGUUCUUCUUGGACAAUGCGGUGGGACACUUGUACAGCACCACAUUUGAGAUUGUGUCUGGAGGGAUCCUGCAGCUACAAAAGCUCAAGGACGCAGAGAGCUCUGCUGAUGCAAAGGAGGCGGGCACAGACAACAGAAACAUUGUAGAUGAUGGAAAAUCACAGAAACUAACCAGAGAUGACAUUGAGGCGCUCAAAGAGCAAGGUCUGAAGGGCCAGGAAAUCAUUCAGCAGCUUAUAGAUAACAGCUCAACAUUCAAAGAUAAGACUGAAUAUGCCCAGCAUAAGUACAUCAAGAAGAAAAAGAAGAAGUAUGAAAAUACUGUGACUAUUCUAAAACCGUCCUGUCGCAUCCUGGCUAUGAUGUACCAUGGCCGGGAACCAUCGAAGAUCUGCCACCUGCGGUAUGACUCACUGGCCCAGAUGUUGACUCUGGCAAACAUCCACGCUGGCAGCAAAGUGUUGGUGUUUGAGACUUGCGCUGGUCUCCUGCUUGGAGCCUGCAUGGAAAGAAUGGGGGGCUAUGGCUCAGUGAUCCAAAUGUACCCAGGAGGUGAGCCUGUCAGGGCGGGUGUGGAGAGCUUUGGCUUCCCUGCACAUUUUCACGAUAUGCUGCAUGGAUUCCCCAUCUGCCAUGUCAAUGCUCUGCUGGCAGGCACUCUGGAUACCACUUCCAAAGAUCCCAGUGCUGAUUCAAAGCAACCCAUCAUGGCUGCAGAGAAGCAAAACCAGCCCGGGGCGGAAGAGCAGGGCAGUCCAGAAACACAGAGCAUGGAGACGAGCAGUGGCGCUGACAGUAGCCAUGACCAGGAGAAAGAACAGAAGGAGAAACGCAAAGAAGCCAAAACUCAGGAAAAAAAGGUGAAGCUGGAGGAGAAACGGAAGAAACUGGCAGCCGCUGCUGCCCUGCUGGAACCCAGGAAUGCUGACGGGUUGGUCAUAGCCAGCCGCUUUCACCCGUGUCCAGUCCUAAUGGGCCUGCUCAAAUUCCUCUCCCCCUCCAGGCCUUUUGUUGUCUACUCCCAAUACAAAGAGCCUCUCAUUGAGUGCUACACGAAACUCAAGGAACAUGGUGGUGCGGUCAGCCUCAGACUCACAGACACCUGGCUUAGGCGUUACCAGGUGUUGCCAAACAGGACGCAUCCCCUGCUGCUGAUGAGCGGAGGUGGGGGCUACCUCCUCUCAGGAACAACCGUUGCCAUGGACCACGCCAAACCUGCAGUCUGCCUGCGAGCUGAGGAGCCAGCACCAAAGAGACUGAAACUGACAGACACUGAAGGAUAAACAAGUAUAGAAGCAUCCAGUCUGUUAAGGGCACAUUACCAGUGGCUUAUAGGGAUUUUCCUUUUGCACUGACUUGAACUGAUUUGACACAUCUGGAAUAAGGGUGACCGAGUGUCUGGUUUGCGUUCGUCAGAGCACCUUCUCUUGUUUUGUGUGUUCAGAUCAAUGCAGAUGAAGGCGUAAUGCUGAGGAGUAAACUGUAAGCCAGUUUGGGCUGUAUGAGCUCAGUGUAUAUGUUACGCAAGGAAACUGCUGAAAUAAUCUUUUGUUUGCUGAGUGUAGGAGACAGAUCUGUGUCUUAUGCCUCAAGACCAGGUGUAGAAACCGCCUUUUUUGGAGUUAACCCCAUUUCUAACAUUUUUUAUUUUGUUAUCCAUGCAGGAAGUGCCAUUUGUUAUGUGAUGGAGUUGCUACUGCAACUAUUGCACUGUGGAUUACAUCUGUAUCUGCACAGGAUUAAAAAGCAGUACUGCAGAACCUGA